AGUAAUCACUCUUAAUUGAUUAAUCACUCUUAAUUGAAGUCAGUAUUUGAGUUUAUUAGAAUAUGAAAAUAAUACUAUUUUUUUACAGGCUUUAAUUUUUUUAGAUUUAAGGUGUUUGUAAUCUGUUAGAAAAUGAAUAGUUCACCUAAAAUGAAAAUACUGUCAUGAUUUACUUUUUCUUCUGUGCAUCAAAAAAUUUGAUAUUUUGAAGAUUUUUCACACACAGUGGACAGUGGAUCUGUUAAGUUUAAAAAAUGACAAUAAAACACCAAAAAGCACCAUAAAUUAAUUUAUAUGACAUGUGCUCUAUAUUGGUAUGUAAAAGAGCUGCAUGAAUAUUAUUCAAAAAUUCUCCUUUUGUGCUCCAUGGAAAAAAUAACAGCAUACAGGUUUGGAAUGACAUGAGGGUGCACAAAUAUUUAUAUAAUUUUCAUUAUUUAGGUGAACUAUGAUUAAGAUCACAAUGCAUUAUUGUUAGGCCAAUCCAUCACAAUAUUUUCCACAUUCCUUCCUUCACAAUACCACACAAAUAACAUUGCUCAUUUGUCUUUCUUUGUUUUGUUGAAGCUGGCCAUUUCUCACACCUGACACAUAACAGAUGUCCGGUUUGACCUUUAGUCGUUCUCUCCACACUAGCUGUUGUGGUAGCACAUGAGUCUCUGCUCAGUUGGGUGUCCAACUGCUUUAAUUGCAGUCCAAGUUGUGGAAGGAGAGGAAAGGAGUGAUACAUAUUAUUGUUUCCUAAUUAAUUAAUUUAGAUUAAUAGAAUUUACAUAAAAAUGCUUAUUUUGUGUGGGGCAAUACACCUCAACCUAAACAAAACUUCACACUGGCCCUCUUAGCAGCAUAAAAAUCAAAACAGAAAGCGAGCAACAUGUCUAUAAUAGGUUACAAUGCUCAACCACUGCAAAAAGCAAAAUAAAUAAAUAAUAAAUAAUAAAUAAUAAAAACAAUGGAAGUAGAACAACUGUAAAUAGAAUGAUGUAGUUUACUCUUUUCAUAAAUAGUAAAUUGUGAAAGUUAUCAAUGAAUUGUGCAGCUCUAAUGUAGAUAGUAAUGGGGCGAUCUGACUGUAGAGACUCACCCUGCAGAGGAGAUAAACAUGCACUGUGUUCAGGGGUGGUCAGGCAUGAGGGGUCAGCUGUCAUGAGUAAGGUCAGCGAAUGGAAUGCUAGCACAUAUGACCUGGAGGGUAUGCUUCUUGUGUCUGCAGGGGGAGGAAUGUUGCACACACAAGGAUAAAAGAUGAUGACUGUAUCUGUUCAUAGUUAACAUGACCCAUGUUAUGUUAACAGGGGCUUUUUGAAGAUCUUUUUUUGAACUCUUGUUACUGUCUGUUUUCAAUGACCAAGAAAACAUGCUUUGCAUACAGAACAUACAGUGAAGUUGUUUAUCUUGUUUUAUUCAUGGAAAACUUGCAUUUAAACUUUUAUCAUUGUUACCUUAUACAGGGCGUAUUUUACCUGAUCUAACCCUUGAAAAUUAGUUUUGUUGGUGUAACAUAAUGUAUUCAGGUUGAUUAAGUAAUUUUAAAUAAUAUUUUCUGACUUGAAUAAAAGCAGUUAAUUUAGAUGUUAUCACAUGAAGCACAUUUUUGGCUUAGUGUUUGGGUCAGGUGGCAUUAUUCUUGUAUAGCUUUUGGGAUCACUUUUAGGUGUUUCCAGCAUAUCUUGCAUUGUCAGAACUGAUCUACUCAAUGUGAUCAAUAUUGCAGAUAAAUAUGGAUUUUUAAAUGUAUUUUUGUGCUUACUCUUGUCUGUGUUGUACUCAAAAGUUAACUUGUUAUGAACUCCCCUGCCUGUAUUUCAGUGGAUAGCAGUUAGUGACUUGAAAAAUCUCAAGACUUGUGGAGCUUUCUAGUAGCACCUACAUGAGUUAUUGACCACAUUGGGAGUAAGUGCCUGUCUUGGAACAGUUUGGAGGACUCUGUGAGAGGUCAAAGGAAAAACCAUAUUGGCUCAUUUGGAAAUGGAAAUGGAAAUGAGUAGAAAACAGAUGAUGCAUUUGGUUUGACCAGGGAAUUGAAAGUCAGAAACAUCAAGUAAAUGCUAUAUUUUAGAUUUCUGUUUUGCAUUAUACUACAAGCUUUUUAGAAGACUUUGAAGAGAGAUUCUAUGCAUUACACAUAAAUGAAUGCAUUACCAUGGAAGUCACAUGGAUUUUGCAAGAGUAUAGCCUGUUCCAAUUGAUUUGACAUUUAGUGGGACAAAUUCAAUGAGAUAUUGUAAGCAAAAGUGGAAACAAUUACCAUUUCUGUAUUGUGUACUACAGGUACCAUUUCUACUUUUUUUUUUUUUUUACUCUGCUUGCAAGGGGAGAGAGAUUUGUAUGGUUUGCAGUCCAGUUGACAGUUAAUGUCAAAUCCAUUUAAGAUGCAGAACAUUCUGUUCAUUCAGUCUAGACGGAAACAUCAUAAUUUCUAUGCUGUAGCAUUUGAAGGAAAAGCUAGUGCACUGGGGGAAAGCAUCCUCUUCUGUAGAAUAGAUUAUUAGCUCUCAUGUAUUAUCCAUCAUAAAAAACAGUUUUCUAAACAACAGAGGGCCUGUUUUGUCCUCUGUAAUAAAUGUUAAUUUGCUAAAUUAUGAGUGUGUAUUCCAAUCAGUGAAUGUAUAUUGUAGAAAGCAUUAAUUUUAUACCUUCUCACUUAUUAUCUUUUGUUUGUUUUGUAGUUUGUCAGAAAUAAUGGCUCUAGCUGUCUAUAUUAUUUAUCAAUGCCAUUCAACAGUCUCCUGGUCUUACAUUUGUUAAACAGAUCAAGGGCAGAUUUCAAAAUGAAAUCAGCACAUUAAAAAAGAUUUCAAGUUCCAGAACAUGCUUAUUAUUUACAUGCUAUUCUUUUUAAUGUAAGUAAUGUUGAAUUUAUUUUGCUUCCAUAACAGUGCUUCACGAGUUUUUAGAUUGUUUUAUAUGUAUUUUUUAUAUUUUAAAAGUUAAAUCAUGAAACUAUCCUAGAUGUACUACACUGAGGCUUUACAUAAGAGUUUAUAGCACCCUGCUUUAGAGAUGUACUCAGUAAGUUUUGUUUAUGUUGUGCUGGUCAAUAUGGAAGUCAUGUUGGACUUACAGUGACACCUAGAGGAAUGGAUGCAGCAUCAUUCAAACACAACAGAUUUCAGUUACAGAUACCAUUGUAAAAACAAUUACUAUUCAAAAUCAGCCAUGAUUAAUUUAAUCCAUGAGUGAAACUGUCCAAUAAGAGGGUGUUAUAGAGAUUAAGCGAGUAGUAUUCAGCUGGUCAUGUGAUCCCAACAUGGCAGCCCCCAUGAGGGGAACCUCUCCAUAGAAUAAAACAGCUUUUAUAGGUAAAUUAUAUGUCUUUAUCUCAUGUGAGUGCCCAUGAUUUUUACAUAAGUUUCAAAAUUACUGUUCAUUUCUUUAGGAGUGAAACCUUUUAAAAUUAGGAAAAAAUUACUGAGUGUACUUUUGAUGCUCCAAAUUUCUUAAGCAAUUUCAUUUCCUCAAAGAAAGAAAAGGUGUUAUUUUCUACCAUAGUUGCUAGUUGUGUGGUACUAUUGUGUUUAUGCUUGUCGCAAGUGUAAUCUAAUGCACUGUUUGUUCUGUUAUCCUGCAUGCCUGCCAAUGGAUUAUAAAGGUGGGGAUGGCUGUAUGAUUUCACCCUGCUCCUCUGUAAAUAGUCACUCAGUUCUUGCCAGUAAUGCACUAGUUUCUCAAUAUAAGACUAAAAAGCCCUUGUCUGCCACCAAAGCCUGCAUCCCUCAAAUUCUUCCCUCCAAGUUUAAGCCCAAACUAUCUACUAUCACUACUGAUGAGAGCCAGGAGAGAUGGACCAAGCCAACACAGCGGCCCAAAGCACACAGCUGUGAGGAUCUGCACCAGAAUGGAGAUACAACAGAUAGCGAUCACAGGUUAAACUCAGCUUCCAAGGGCUGCUGUUCACCCGAGAGCAGGAACCUUUACAAAAAUGGAUCCGUUGUGGGAUCUGUGAGGAGUACGGCUGAGUUCUCUGCUCUCUAUCGGAACAUGCAUAACAUUCAGAGGCCAAGCUCCCUGGGUUCCAGUUCCCAUGGAAGUGUCCGCUGCCUGGCUUCCCUUUUCGAGAAGCCAGGGGGUGUCAUUACCAUGGAGAGGGCCGAGAUCAUCCCUCGAGAAGCCGUGACGUUCCGGGUGAUGGAGUUUGAGCGCAUCAUUCAGCGUACCAACUCUGCCCCCACACGCUCUGCCUCGAUGCCCAUACUCCCUAGUAACCCAAGCCCUUGCCAUAGCCCUGCACCACUCUGCUUCCUCCAAUCUGCUAUCUCAGCAGAGACUCUGGUCAUGCCAGGGCCUGCACACACUGAGGACUGCCCAGAAAUAGAUCCAGAGGACCAGGCCCACAAAGAGGAAGCUUCUGUUUCAGUAGAGUGCUUGAUCACCUCUGAGCAGAACCACAACUCAAGAACUGACUCCCCUUUGGAAAAUGAGAGCAAAUCAGAGGAGACAGGCAGUUGUACACAUGAUGCUGCCAAAGACACAACCUCAGAACCCACAGGUCACCAUAACCAACAUUUCCACCAUGAUAACUUCCCCCUACACCUCAAACAAAGCAAGUGCAAAGGCACCUGCCCAGCCUCCUGCACCCGUUUCACCACAAUCCUCAGGCAUGAGCGACAACAGGCCAACACCCUGCAAGAGAAGAGAUGUUCUCCUCCAAGAAACUUGCUUCUAAUGGGCCCAGCCCCUUUCUCCUUAAGGAGAUCACUACAUAGUCAACAGGCCAAAAAGACUUGCGCUCUCACUGCCAUGAAACCAAUGGCUGGAGACCCGAUGGAGAACCGUCUCUUCACUCCUAGGCCAAGGCCUGUCAUUCCGCAGCGCCUGUCCUCCUUGGAGGUGCUGGAUAGGCUCAGUAAUGAAGAAAGUUCUCCCUGUGAGGGGUGCAACUCAGAUGACCUUACAGAUGUGGAAUGCACAGAAGCCAAUAAAGAUACCUCUGAAGGUGGCUAUACUAAGAGUGUCAUGAGUGUCAGAUUUUCCACACUCCUUUUUUCUCUCCUGUCUGCUCUUCUGUCAUCACCAAGUGACUUUACUUUUUUAAUUUCUGUAGUGUGCAUUGUGUGGCCAACUUUGUGUGGUUUGCAACCAAACUGGCAUUUUAUUCAUUUCCAUUGUGUUGUGUAAAAGUGUGCCAUAUCACUUCUUUUAUUUUCAGACUUCCACGUCAGCCAUUUAAGACUAUAAUUUUUUAAUAUCUUUAUAGUUCUGUGUCUAAAAUUUGCAACAAACUAAGAUGAGACUUAAAGGGAUAGUUCAUGAAAAUUUAAAUUCUGAAAAUUCUGUCAUCAUAUAUAUUACUCACCCGAAUUACUUUAAUUGUUCUGUGGAACACAAAAGGAGAUGUUAGGAAGAAUGACAGCCUCAGUCACCAUUCACUUUCCUUGCAUAAUUUUUUCCAUACAAUGAAACUGAAUGGUGAGUGUGGCUAACAUUCUGCCUAAAAUCACCUUUUGUGUUCCACAAACAAAAGAAAGUCAUACGGGUUUGGAAUGACACAAGGGUAAGUAAAUGAUGAUAGAAUCUCUAUAAUUUUCCCUUGUCGAGAAUAUGUUAACAGAGUGUUCCUAGAUUCCAGAAUUUUUGUUUAAAAACACAUUAUCAUCCGUCACCCAAUGAUGAACCCUGAGAAGAAUUUUGAAUCUACCCAUCAUUAAGUUUGUUGCUAGCUUUAGAAAAGAUUUCAGGGCUCCCAUGUUUUUCCUUAACAGAUGCAGUAUGAACAUAAAACAGUGUUCCAUGUACUUACAACUUGAACAUCUUAUGAAAGUUUCCUUAAUUUAGAGCUGUGAUAACUUGCAAAUAACAGCCUCACAGAUUUGAUCUUAAAAUUAAAAGACAUACGUAUAUUGCUAAUAGUAUUUAUACUCAAAUGGCAGUUAUGUUUUUUUUAAAUUUAUUAUCAUUUUUAUUUAUUAUUACACACUUGGGUCACACUUAAUUUUCUAUUUCCAAUGCUACAUUAUACAUACCACGUCACACAUUUGUGAAAGGAUUGUCAUAAUGUUGUGUAUUUGCACAUUGUUAAGCCACUCCAUAUCACUUCAUAAUGUUACAUUUUGAUGCAUUCUCUCAACCUUUUUAUUUUGAUAGACCAUGGCUAAUUCUCAUACAGAUCUUAAAACACUAAGUAUUGUACUUAAAUUAAAUACUUAGACGCAUGAAUUAAUUGUAAUUUUAAGCUGUAAGAUGUCUAAGCCAUUGCAUUUUAACAGAAUUUUGGUUAUACAGUAUGUUUUAUUUAACAUUUUGUUUUAUUUUUGUCCUAUCCAGUGUGUCCACAGCUAUAUCAUCCACAUAGGCUCUUUCAGUGCUCUUUAUGAAUUGGCUAUUUAAAUCAGAGCUAUCAAGAGUUGUGCAAUACAUGUGCCAAGACGGAUUUGAAUCACGGCACACUCUUAUCAUGCUAAAAAUACUUAAUAUAAUUGUGCUACUUAUGGGAACAGA